CUUCGAAGGGAGAAAAAACGACACGGGGGAAGGCGACGGAUCCCGAGGCCGAAGCGCGGGCGUGGUUCGCGUGCUGGACGGCACAGUGAGUAACGCAGGGACCGCCCAUCGUCUGCGGCCGCCCAUCUACCUACGGGGCGUCGUUGCUUUUGCUCUCCCGCCCGCCCACCGCCCCCGCCCACGCCGCCCAGUUCCCCUCGACGUCAGGAUUAUCAUCAGAAUGGGCGGUGCGUCCGGCGUCUGGCAGCCGUAGUGAGGAAGGAGGGAAGUGGCAGACGGAGGCACAGACAGACAGGCGUCCGCGCAAGAGAGACAGAGAGCCUUCCAGGCAGCCGGAACUGGCCAGCUUCAAGACAAUCGCAGUAAUAGACUUGGAGCAUAUUUCCCUCUCCCUGCUGCUUCUCCUCCGCUCGUGGAUGUAAUCGGAGGCUGACGGAGAGCGCCGCCAGGAAAAUACAGCCCCAAAUCCCCGUUUUCCGAGCCGCGUCCGCGUGCCCAUUUGGGAGUGACAGUGAUGCUUGUGCCGCCCCGCGCGCAGGUGGAGGAAAUCGGAUUGCUCAAGACAUGUCGCCCGUUGUGACUGACAUCUGCCUGAAGCGAGGACGCCGCCAAUCCCCGGGACAAAAUGGGCGCCUCUAAUCUCCGCGUCGUUGCCACAGGACAGGCGAGAGUGUGCUUGGAAAAGCCCCGCGGCACGAGGAGUAGCCAUGUCUGAGCGGGAACGCGAGCGCCCCACCGCCGCCGCCGGCCAUGGGGGGGUCCACAGUGCCCAGGAUGGUGGACGGAGGUCGUGCGAGCGCGGGCUCAGUGCCCCGGAGCGAGCGGGGCCACAGCGGGACCUCGCUCGGGGGCUCGCCCCUGUCUCAGUGUCUUACGGGAUGCAUAAAACCCUGCUCUACCUCACCGCAUACGUUCUCGGCUGGUGUGGUCACGUGACGGCCGCCGUGGGGCCGCAAACUUGGCCGGACGCGCCACGGACGCACCCGGACGGAGCCGAGGUGCAGCCGAACCGGACAGAGUGGAAAAGGAAGAGUUCCCAGAGCGUUGUUUGUGUGAUAUUAUCUUUAGCUGUACUGUGCUCGUUCCCCGCGGCGACGGAGGCCUUCUGCCCGAACGGUUGCGACUGCGACGACGCCAGCCUCACCGUCAACUGCCAGAACACGAGCCUGGAGGUAGUGCCGAUCCUCCUCAACCCCCGCGUGCAGACCAUUCUCUUGACGCGCAACCGCAUCAAGGCCCUGUCGCGCGCCCUCGUCUUCUACACGGACCUGAAAGAGCUGGACAUCUCGCACAAUGACAUCGCGACACUGGGCGCCAAGAACUUCGAGUCGCAGAAGAACCUGGCGGAGCUGCGCGUGAGCCACAACAAGCUGAGCGCCGUGGAGGCGGCGUCGCUGGAGGGGCUGGCGGGGCUGCGCGUGCUGCUCCUCAACGACAACCUCAUCUCCAGCGUGGACGACGGCGCCUUCCGCGGCCUCGUCAGCCUCAUCGAGCUCAACCUUUCCAACAACAGACUGAAGACCCUGCGCGAGAGCUCCUUUGCCGCGCUGCCCAGCCUGUGGACGCUGAACCUGGGCGGCAACCUGUUCGACCGCGUGCCCAGUUCCAGCCUGCUGAACCUGUCGUCCCUCCUGGAGCUGGACCUCAGCGACAAUCAGAUCUCCCAAGUGCCUGGCCGCGCCUUCCAGGGCGCCGCCAACCUCGCCUACAUCCGCCUCGACAAAAAUAACAUCAGCGCCGUCAACCCGGCGGCCUUCUGGGGCCUCUCGGAGCUCCGCCGCCUCGCCGUGGCCGACAACAGGCUGGAGCAGGUGCCCACCCUGUCCUUCAGCGGCCUGCCCGACUUGCAGGACCUCGACCUGAGCGGCAACCUGUUUGAGGAGCUGCCCGAGGACGGCUUCAACGGCUUGGCCUCGCUGGUGAGCCUGACGGUGUCCCGGUGCCCGCGCCUCAGCAGGGUCAGCAGCGAGGCCUUCCUCAGCACGGUCCAGCUGGAGACGCUGGUGCUGAGCCACAACCCGCGCCUCGCCUCCCUCGCCCCCACCACGCUCACCUCGCUCCUCAACCUGCGGCACGUGGACCUGCGGGCGUGCGGCCUGCUGCACAUCACGCCCACGCAGGUCCCUCUCCAGCAGCUGGCGAGCCUCAUGGUGUCGGGGAAUCCCCUGCACUGUAACUGCUCCAUGGUGUGGCUCUCCCGGAUCGCCGCCGAUGACAACGCCACCCUCACCGUCGACGCGCCCACCUGCGCCAGCCCGCCCAACCUCUAUGGCGUGUCCUUGCGCGAGCUGGGCACGGGCGGUGCGGGCUGCGACGGGCGCGUGGGCGUCUGGACCAUCGUGAUCUGCGUGGGCGUGGGCGCGACGGGGCUGCUCAUAAUCGGCGUGUUCCUGUGCUGCCGCCUGCGGAAGCGCAGGAAGAAGCGGCAGAAGCGCAUCCUGCAGGACAAGCGGCCGUGGGGCGAGGUGUGGCGCAUGGAGGACCCGCUCGCCACCACGCGCCUCACGCCCACACCCAUGAACGGGGACGCCCUCAGCCACUACCCGCUGGCGUCGCCCACCCGCCUGCGCCUGCCGCCACGCCUGCCGCCCGACCACCCGCUCCACCACCAGCUGAGCCUCCACCAGCAGCACGCCUCGGGGCGCGCGCAGCAGUGCCCCUUCGCCACGCUGCACCCCGUCUACCACCCGCUGCUGCACCCGCCCGCCGCCGCCCACACCUCGCUCGACUCGCCCACGCACUACAGCGACUACCCGCCCCUGCACACCCACCCGCGCCCGCACACGCUGCCCAACCACUCGAGCCACGUCAUGCCUCUGGGUCCGCCGCCGCCCAUCCCGCCCCUGGACGAGCCGCCGAACUGGUACGCGACGAUCGGCAGCGUGGGCGGCUUCAACGACGACGACGAGGGCGACAAGCAGAGGGCGCGGGGCGAGCGCGACGGCGGCGCCCUCGACCCGCCCGACGUCACGGCCUCCACGCCCAGGAAGGUGCCCGUGACCUACGUGUAGCGCCGGCGUUCGCAGGGGCAGGGGCAGGGGGGAGGGGGGAAGGGGAGGAGGAGAGGGUAUGAGAGCGUGCGCAUGUGUGCAUGUGUGGGUGUGCACGUUUGUCUUUUUGCACGCGCGUAUUUGCGUGCUUGCGUGCAUGCGGUCCAUUGCCCCGAGUGAGUGCCUGUGGGCACUGGACAAGGUUCCUGGGCGGAGUGUCCGUCUGACGGGCAUCUGGCAGGUGUGGCGGAAUAAGAGCAAGUUCCCCGAUAAGGACAUUGAUACCCGAAGCGGAUCCGGAAUAAUAGUUAUCCCUUUGAUUGGUAGAAAAAAUGGAAAAAAAGAAGACGCGCUUUAUGAACUGAGCUUUUUUUAGACAUCCUCUGACUUUUUUUCUUCAUCUUUUACAGCAGUUGAUAUUAGGUAUUAUCAUAAUGCAGUCGCGUUUUUCACCAUUUUCACUUUUAUAACUUGGGAGUGUUAAAUGGCACCUUCAAUCCGGAUCGCCUUUUGUCAUGUGGUUCUAAAGAAGUACUAUUUCGAAUUGGUUACGGUGCAGCUGUGUGUGUGUGUGUGUGUGUGUGUGUGUGUGUGUGUGUGUGUGUGUGUGUGUGUGUGUGUGUGUGUGUGUGAAGCUGUGAGCCUACGUGUAAACAUUUGUACAUAUGUAAUGUAAUAUAUAAAAUGAUAUUUCCGGUGGAGGGACGUUUUGUAUCUUGUUACCUACUGACAUUGCAACGUAACAAGAGAGUUGAAUUGUCAGCAUUUUUAAAGAUGAUUUUUGAAAGAUAUUUAAAUUAUAAUUAUUAUCAGAUUAAUUCGAACUUCGAACUUUGGUAGAUUUUAAGGUUGUGUGGUCAAAGGCGUGUGUGUUUGUAUGUGUGUGUGUGUGUGUGUGUGUGAGAAAGAGAGAGAGAAAGAGCGAGCGUGUGUAUGUGUAUGUGUGUGUGUGCGUGUGCGUGUGCUCGUUCAUGUGCGUGUGUUUACGGACCCUUCUACAAGGCGGCCGGAAGCUCCGAGGCGAUGACAUAUCACAUCCAGCCGAGAAUAUCUGUGAUAAAAAGCCCCCUCCCCCCUAAUAGGUAAACUCAUAGAUGAGAUUGCAACUAAGGAGUCUACCUCCCAGUUAUUUUUUCUAUUCAAAACAACAGAGCAGUGUUGUUGUUUGUUAUUUUUCCUCUUUUGGGUGUUUUUGGUGUGUAGGGGAGGGGGGGGGGGGAGAGCACGGGAGUUGGAGGGGGGGGAGGGGUCAAAAAAGCAAAGGGGGGGAGGGAAGAAGAGCGGAAGUCUACCCGGCUACACCCCCAAGCCGUUAGCAACGCCACAGUGCACUUUUAAUCCGAGAGAGAGAGAAAUUCUGCGACGUAAAAAGUACAAACAUUACGACCCAAAUGAAGAAUAAGGAAAGUGUACCAGUUUUUUUUCUCGUGUGGACUGUACGAUUCGACUUUUUUUUCAUCGUCAUUAUUCUAUCCGGUUUAGAACAAGAGAGGAGGAAAAAUUAUCCCUCCCUCCCUCCCUCCCCCUCCCCCUCAGUCUCCCUCGCCCUGUGCAACUGUAGGCGAGUUUGAUUCCCUGACGCAAAGGAAGAUUGGAGAGUAAAAUACGGUGAGAAAAUAGGAAAUUACGACAGAAGAGAAGUGGAAAGAGGGAAGGAUAAAGAUGGAGGAGAUUGAUCUUUAAAAAAAAAAAUGAGAGAAAGAAAGUGCUUGUGCGGAAAGAAGUGUAAAUUGACCCCUGGAACUGUUUUUUUUUUAUCGCGUGGAGGGGACAGGAUAUGAAGAACUAGAAGAAGAGUUUUUUUUCUGUUCUGUUUAUUUUUUUCCGGAUUGGGGAAACGAGCGAGGACUCAUAAAAAAAAUCAGGAUAAAAGGAAAAGGAAAAGAAAUGAUGAUAAAGUGACGGGGAUAGCAAUUGUGAUAAAGGUGUGGAUAUAGAGGAAAUGACUAGAGAAUGUGGUUUGAACGAGAUAAAAGUGACGAGAGAGGAAAAGGCGGAGAUGACGGGGAUUCCAGAAGAAACGUUUGAAAUGGAAACGUUUUGACUUAUUGUGGAAGUGAAAUCCUGAAAUAUUUACCGCGACGCUUAGAGACUUCGGUUUACAAAACUGGAGAGAAAAAAGCAGUUGAGGCAGAAGUGUGAUAUAAUUUUUUGUUCUCCUUUUUACAAUAAUCCAAGAGAAAAAGAAAAAAAAUUGGACGUUGUAAAAAGAAAAAAAAAUCAUCCGUCUGAAGAAUCUGCAAGGUUCCUUUUUUCUCAUUGUUGAUUAGAAAAUAAUUAAAAAUAAUUCAAUUAAAAAAACUCGUUGGUGAUUAUGGCAGUUAACAUAUCAGUUAACAAAAAAAAAAAAAAACAGAGUUUGAAAGGCAGUUAAUUAUUAUAUCAAUGUUAGCUUUUUGUUUUGUUUCUUCCUUAAGUUCCAAGUUGGGUUAAGUUCCCUCCUUUAAGAUAGAACUUCCGCCCAAAAUCGCCGCAGUCUCCACGCAGAGGGCGCCACCAUAACACUUUUCGUUACCUUUAAGUGAGAUUAUUUUCCUUUUUAUUUCAGUUAAGUCACACAGCCACCAACCAGACAACGCGCCUAAUCAAAAAAAAUAUAAUAACAUUAAUAGAAGUACGGUAGUUUUGCGUUUCAAUUUUUUCUUCUUUUUUGUCCUUCCCAUUCCAUGAUUAGCUAAUCUUUCUAUCCUAGGAUUAACUUGAGAAUAAUAACAGAGGUUGCGAGAGGGAUUGUCUCUCUUAACCUUAGUGGGCGCGAGCUGGGUCUUGUGCGCUCGCUUCUGCUCACUUGUUUUACUAUGGUUUGUCAAAAUAAAGAUUUUUCGCUAUUU